GCUGCGGUGUCCGGCGGCCAUGGAUGCCUCCCCGCUGCAGGCCUUAAUUAAUUACUAUUGCCAGGAAGGCUACUUUCGUCAUGUCCAAACAGUUGCAAAUGAGGGGCUCAAGAUGUUCAUCAAUGACCCAGUAUUCAUUUUCUACCGGGCUUAUGGCAUGCUGAUGGAAGGGUUAACCCAUGAGGCUCUUUUGGAGCUUGAAUCUCUUAAAAACAAGGAAGAGGUAUCCCUUUGCACAAUGAUGGCACUGAUCUAUGCCGAGAAAAAGAGCCCAAAUCCAGAUCGAGAAGUGAUCAUGGAACUCGACGUGAAACUAAAAGACCAUCGUAAGGUCGCGGGACAGCAAGCUUUGUAUUACGCCGCUUUGUUCUUGUGGCAUCUCGGCCGCCACGAGAAAGCCCGGGAAUAUGUUGACAGAAUGAUCAAGAUCUCCAAUGGCAGCAAAGAGGGAUUCGUUUUGAAAGGGUGGAUUGAAGUCACCUGUGGGAAAGAAGUGAGCGUUAAAAAAGCUGUGAAGUACUUGGACGAAGGGCUGCAAAAUGGGAAUGAUAUCUUUGCCUUGAUGGGUAAGGCGCAAUAUUUGGAAGCACGCCAGAAUUACUUGGGAGCAUUGGAAACUGUAAAUCAAAUAAUAGCCAACUUCCCACACUUCCUCCCUGCUUUUAUAAAGAAGAUGAAGCUGCAGCUGGCCUUGCAAGACUGGGAACAAGCCACAGAGACGGCACACAGGUUGUUGCAGAAAGAUGCUCUUAACUUGGAAGCUAUAAAAAUGGAGGCUAUACACUCUUUAUGUAGGGAAGGAAAUAUACCUGAGGCCUCAUCGAAGUUGGCAGAUUUAAUUAGCGCACUGGAAAAACUUGAACCACAUAAUCCUCGGCUUUUCUGCAGAACGGCAUUAGUUUUCAGUAGAAUGUGUGGCCGCAGUCUGCUCAUCCUUCAGCAAACUCAAGCUUUGGUGGAGAGAGCUUUCAGCUUGGCUACUAACGACGCAGAUAUCGCGACGGAACUUGGUUACCAGGUUAUAUUACAAGGGAAAAUAAAAGAGGCUGAAAAAUGGUACCAGACAGCUAUGGCUCUUGACGAGUCGAGCGUUCCGGCACUAACCGGGAUUAUUCGAUGCCAGCUAAUGGAAGGGAAGCUAGACGACGUAGACCAGCAGUUGGAGUUCCUGAGUGAGAUCCAGCAGUCUCUUGGAAAAUCAGCAGAAUUAUCUUACUUGCGGGCAGUUUUGGCUAUGAAGCGACACAAAAGACAAGAAGAAGUUAUUAGCCUGUUGAAUGAUGUAUUGGACGUUCAUUUUUUGUCUUUGCAAGGCUUACCUCUCGGUGUAGAAUACUUUGAGAAACUAAAUCCUGACUUUUUGCUUGAAAUUAUCAAGGAAUAUCUUAAUUUUUGCCCAACACAGCCUGCAGGUCCAGGGCAGCCACCUUCUCCCCUUCUCAAACCUUGUGCUUCAGUCCUUGAAACGCUGGUAAAAACUGUUCCAGGUCUCCUGCAAGCUGCCUAUUUAGCCGCAAAGGUGAAAUACUUGGCAGGGAAUUCAGAAGCAUCCCGAAGUAUCCUGCAGCACUGUCUCGAAAGGGAUCCUGCUGAUGCCGAGGCUCACCUUCUUAUGGCUCAGGUCUAUUUGUUGCAAAACAACUUCAAACUCUGCUCUCAGUCCCUGGAACUCUGCCUAAGCUACAAUUUUGAAAUUAGGGAACACCCUCUGUACCACUUAAUAAAAGCUCAAGCCCAGAAAAAGACGGGAGAAAUGGCAGAAGCCAUUAAAACCUUGCAGAUGGCAAUGAAUUUACCUGGGAUGAGAAGAGCUGCCGCUUCCUCAAAAUCAAAAACGGCUAGGGUUGAAAUUGACACGAGUGACCGUGUGUCUGUCUACCUGGAGUUGGUUGACGCUCAUCGCUUGAAUGGUCAACAGCAUGAAGCCAUUAAAGUUCUCCAAGAUGCCAUCAAUGAAUUUUCGGGCACCUCCGAAGAACUGAGAGUUAUCAUCGCUAAUGCAGACCUCGCUCUCAUACAAGGGGAUGUGGAAGAGGCUCUGACAAUGCUCAGAAACAUAACAGCGGAGCAGCCUUAUUUUGUUCAAGCCAAAGAAAAAAUGGCCCAGAUUUACCUUGAGUACCGAAAAGACAAGAAGCUGUAUGCAAGCUGUUACAGAGACCUGGUGGAAAAGCUGCCGAGUUCUCACACCUUACUUCUUCUUGGUGAUGCGUACAUUAAUAUCCAGGAGCCUGAAGAAGCCAUAGAGGUUUAUGAACAGGCUUUGAAGAAGAACCCUCGAGAUGGGGCAUUGGCUAGUAAAAUAGGAAAAGCUCUGGCCAAUACGCAUAACUAUGCGAAGGCAAUCAAUUAUUACGAAGCUGCCAUAAAAACUGGUCAACAGAAUUUCCUCUGCUACGACCUGGCCGAGCUGUUGCUGAAAUUGAAGCAGUUUGACAAAGCAGAAAAAGUCCUUCGGCAAGUUUUAGAACAUGAGCCUGUGAAUGAUUUGUCUUCUCUGAUGGAAGACACCCGCUACCAGGUUCUCCUUGCCAAGAUUUACAGCAACAUGAAUAGGACUGAGGAUGCUAUUAUUUCAUUGCAGCAGGCUCGGGAACUGCAGGCCAGAGUCCUCAAACGGAUUCAGAUCGAACAGCUGGACGCGGUUCCUGUGCAGAAGCAACUGGCAGCUGAAAUUUGCGCAGAGAUAGCAAAGCAUUCAGCGGUCCAGCGGAACUACGAGAAAGCAAUUAAGUUUUACAAAGAAGCUCUUGUUCAUUGUGAAACGGAUAGCAAGGUGAUGCUAGAACUUGCACGAUUGUACCUGGCUCAUGAUGAUGUGGAAGCAUGCCAGCAUCAGUGUGCUCUGUUGCUGAAGAACGAUCAAGAUAAUGUGGCUGCUUCUAUGAUGAUGGCUGACCUUAUGUUCAGGAAACAGGACUAUGAUCAAGCAGUCUUUCACUUCCAGCAGCUUUCGGAUCGCAACCCCGAUAAUUAUUCAACACUGGCACGUUUGAUUGACCUGUUAAGAAGAGCUGGAAAGCUAGAAGAAGUUCCAAGAUUCCUUACGAUGGCUGAGAAACAUUCCCCCAGAACAAAGCUUGAUCCAGGUUUUCACUAUUGCAAAGGACUGUAUCUUUGGUACACAGGUGAACCAAAUGAUGCCCUUCGACAUUUUAACAAAGCACGGAAGGACAGCGAUUGGGGGCAGAACGCCAUUUAUAACAUGAUUGAAAUCUGCUUGAACCCAGACAAUGAAACCGUGGGAGGUGAAGUGUUUGAAAACCUGGAUGGUGAUGCGGACAAUUCCUCGGAAAAACAGGAGUCUGUGCAGCUCGCCGUGAGGACAGCGGAAAAGCUCUUAAAGGAACUAAAGCCGCAAACUCUCCAAGGUCAGGUCCAGCUUCGCAUCAUGGAAAAUUACUGCCUUCUGGCAACCAAACAGAAAUCGAACGUUGAGCGAGCGCUGAACGCCUUCACGGAAGUAGUGGUUGCCGAGAAGGAUCACGUCCCUGCCCUUUUGGGAAUGGCCACCGCGCACAUGAUCUUGAAGCAAACGCCGCGGGCCAGGAACCAGCUGAAACGCAUUUCAAAAAUGAACUGGAAUCCCAUCGACGCGGAAGAGUUUGAGAAAAGUUGGCUUCUGCUUGCUGAUAUUUACAUUCAGUCUGCAAAAUAUGACAUGGCUGGCGAAUUAUUGAAGCGGUGCCUUCAUCAUAACAGGUCCUGCUGCAAAGCUUAUGAAUACAUGGGGUACAUUAUGGAGAAGGAGCAAGCAUACAAGGACGCGGCUGUAAACUAUGAGAUGGCCUGGAAAUACGGAAACCAAACAAGUCCGACAAUAGGCUUCAAGCUGGCAUUUAAUUACCUGAAAGCAAAAAGAUAUGUCGAUGCAAUCCACAUUUGUCAUAAGGUUUUAGCCAUGCACCCAAAUUACCCCAAGAUAAAAAAAGAAAUACUUGAUAAGGCCCGUACAUCGCUAAGGACUUGAACAUUA